AUGAGCAGUGAGGACUAUGGGUAUGACUACGACUUACUAUUUAAAAUCGUGCUGAUCGGCGAUUCUGGGGUAGGGAAAUCUAAUCUAUUGUCAAGAUUUACGAAGAACGAGUUCAAUAUGGAUUCCAAAUCCACCAUUGGAGUUGAAUUCGCUACCAGAACCUUGGAGAUUGAUGGUAAGAGGAUUAAGGCGCAGAUCUGGGAUACUGCGGGCCAGGAACGUUAUAGAGCUAUCACUUCUGCUUAUUAUAGAGGGGCCGUCGGUGCCUUGAUCGUUUACGAUAUCAGUAAAUCAAGCUCAUACGAGAACUGUAAUCACUGGUUGUCAGAGCUAAGGGAAAACGCAGACGACAACGUCGCGGUAGGCCUCAUCGGGAACAAGUCUGAUUUGGCUCACUUACGUGCUGUACCUACAGAAGAGUCCAAGACUUUUGCUCAGGAGAACCAGCUGCUAUUCACAGAAACGAGUGCCUUGAACAGUGAGAAUGUUGACGAGGCCUUCGAAGAACUAAUUAAUACUAUCUACCAAAAGGUCAGCAAGCACCAAAUGGAUCUUGGAGAUUCCAGUACCAACGGAAAUGUCAAUGGUGCGUCUGCUCCAAAUGGUCCAACAAUUAGUCUGACACCAACUCCAAACGAAAACAAAAACGGCAGUGGGAAUAACUGUUGCUAA